AUGAAAGUUAAACUUAAAAUUCAAAAAGCUCAGGAAGAAGGGAGGCCAUAUUGGUCUUUCGAAUAUUUCCCACCUAAGACUAAUCAAGGUGUUCAAAACCUUUACGAUCGUAUGGAAAGAAUGUAUCGUCUAGGCCCAGAAUUUAUUGACAUUACGUGGAAUGCUGGGGGAACUUCUUCACAAUUAACAAGUGAAAUCGUAUCUACUGCUCAAUCUGUGUAUGGUUUAGAAACUGUCAUGCACCUUACAUGUACGAAUAUGCCUAAAGAAAAGAUUGAUAAGGCCCUCAAGGAUGCCAAGGAUUGUGGUUGUCAGAAUAUUCUUGCUCUUCGUGGUGAUCCACCACGAGGUCAAGUUAAUUGGGAAGCUUGUGAAAAUGGUUUCUCCCAUGCCAUUGAUCUUGUCCGUUAUAUCCGUGCGCAAUAUGGUGAUUAUUUUGGGAUAUGUGUAGCUGGUUAUUGUGAAGGUCAUGUAGAUAAUCCUGACAAAGAAGAUGAUUUGCGCCGCCUCAAAGAGAAGGUAGAUGCGGGAGCAGAUUUUAUUAUAACUCAAGUGUUUUAUGACGUGGAUUUAUUUUUAGUUUGGAUUAAGAAGUGUCGGGCAAUAGGUAUUACUUGCCCCAUUCUUCCUGGACUUUUACCAAUUCAAAAUUACAAUGGAUUUAAUAGAAUUGUAAGUCUUUCAAAGACUAUCGUUCCUAAAUCUGUGAUUGAUGCUUUAGAACCUAUUAAACAUGAUGAUGCUGCUGUAAAAGAAUACGGAAUAAAAUUGGCUGUUGAAAUGAUUAGAAAGAUGUAUGAUAGUGGAAUAAAUGGAUUCCAUUUUUAUACAAUGAAUUUAGAGAGGUCUACAAGAUUAAUAUUAGAAGCCUUGCAAUUUGUCGCUCCCGUAGAAAAAGUGAAACCAUUGCCAUGGUGUCCGUCUCUUUCAGCUAAACGAAUAAAAGAAAAUGUACGUCCUAUAUUUUGGAGAAAUCGUAUCAAAAGUUAUGUUACUCGUACAGAAGCAUGGGAUGAAUUCCCUAAUGGAAGAUGGGGCGAUGCGAGAUCCCCGGCUUUCGGGGAACUUGACGGAUAUGGUGUAUCUCUUAAACAGGCGAAACAAAAUGCUCUUGAAUUAUGGGGAUGUCCCAAUUCUCUGAAUGAUAUUUAUAAUAUAUUUGUGAGAUAUUGUCAUGGUGAGCUAGUUUCCCUGCCUUGGUCCGACCAAUCUCUAGCAGAAGAAACUGAUAUAAUCAAGGAUCAAUUGGCCUAUAUCAAUUCAUUGGGAUAUUUAACUAUUAAUUCACAGCCUGCUGUAAAUGGGGUCCACAGUGAUCAUAAAAUUUUCGGUUGGGGCCCUAAAAAUGGUUACGUGUAUCAAAAGGGCCCCAAUGCCGUCACCUGGGGCGUUUUCCCUGGUAAAGAAAUAAUUCAACCAACUAUCGUUGAAGCUGUAAGCUUUAUGGCCUGGAAGGACGAAGCUUUCGAACUUUGGAAUGAAUGGGCAAAAAUUUAUAGCCCAGAUUCUGUAUCUGCCAAGUUGAUUUCUCAAAUUGCAGAUAAUUGGUAUUUGAUUAAUAUUGUACAUAAUGAUUUCCAUGAUGGUAGUGGCAUCUUUCGCAUUUUUGAACCGGACUGUGUCUCUGAAUUAGCAGAGGCUGAUCGUUAA